GUCUGUAUGACAUACAACACCAAAGGGCCACUCAUGUCAGUAUCAGCUCGAAACGAGGCUGUCAAAAUUAAAUCACGUACUUCACAGUAUCGUCACAGAAGGUCAGCGCUAUCAGAAAUCGCCUUUAUCCCUGAUUCAGUCCUUACACCCGAGUCUAGUCAGCAGCAAGAUGAACUGUGCUCUUUCGAAAAUACUAUGACAAUCACAAAUGAGAGGAAACGCCUUCGUGAUUAUAAUGAUACUAUGGAUAUCGAUGAUGGGAUCAGCAAAAUUCGAAUGAAACCUGAUAUUCUUACAUUUUAUCGCACACCGGGAGCUUUCAAGUUUUGCCGUCGGAUAAGCAGUGGUCCUCCGAUUGGUAAGAAGAAGCUCGAGAAGCCUUUUACACUUCCUUUAUGA